AUGAAUAUAGAGCGAUUGGAAGAAAUAAAGGUUACCGAGUUGAGGAAAUCAAUUGCUCUUUCAGAAGUCCGUGUGAUGAUGGUGAUGCUCAGUGAAGGCGAAAUCACCGGUUUACGCAACAAAAAAUGGAAGGUGAUGAUGGCUGGAUGUGUUACCGUUGGUGGUUUUGAAGAGACUGAGGAGAUAUGUUGUAGCAUGGCUGUUUUUGCAGCCAGUUUGUUUUGUGAUAGCAGUUGGCUUGGCAAUUUUGGGACUGUUUAUGGCCUAGGUGAUAUCUUUCCAUAA